AUGCAGGAGGAUCAAGAACCCGGUGCCUGCAUGGUGCCCGCGGACCCUCCCCGAGGUUGGGGGGGCUCGAAAGGGAGUGUGGAUGAGAGCGUCAUGCCCGCUGAGAUCGACACGGGCGGGCCGAGGGUGCUGCACAACUAUGAGUGUCCCAUACCGACCUCGAGGUCCAGUUCCAUCCCCCAAGAAGCGAGGAACCUUGAAAUUACUUGGUAUCAGGAUCAAAGAUUCAUCAAACCCUCAACACGUCAAAGAACCUGGAGUGAGAGUUUAUUGGAACUGGACAGUUCGCCAGAGGUCAGGAGAAGAAGGUUCAGAAGGUCGAGGAGGAGGAGUGAGGUAGUUGAGGAAGGCAAGGAGAAAGUGAAUGAAGUUGAAGAAUGGAGAAAUGAAUCUAGAAUCGAAAAACUGCAAUCUGGGGAUGAAGUGCGACCUGAGCUGCGGGAUAGCUUCAGUGUCGCGAAUCAAGUAUCAUCAACCACCUGCCACGUGAUUGCUAACCGUGGAUCUCAUAGACACCCCGAAACUAAUAGACCUCCGAAGAUUGGGGAUUUUUUUUUUAAAUUGAAGGGCAGGUUUAAGAGCGGGUUCGACCCGCGAAUCUCAUGGACAUCAGUAUCUAGUGAAAAGAAACCUCUCGCCUCUAGUCAUCCCUGUUCGAAUCAGUCAUUCGAGUCAAUCCGCAGCAACCCCAUAGUUCGAGAUUGUUCGAGGGAGGAAAUUUCUCCACUUGUCGAAAGUGAUCCCGUUCAAUUAGAGAUUGUACCACUUAUUGAUCCAAUUGAUUUAGGGAUCGACAGACUGAAUCUGGAUAUUGAUAUUGAACAGUUAAGAAAUUCAAGGGACUGUUUUUCCAGGUCGAUAGAUUGCGAUUCAACUGAUGGAUUGAUGAGUGUCAGAAAGAGGAAGAAGAGAAGGAAGUGUUCUAGCAUUCGUGCCUACUUUCAGUUGGCUUUUCUCUUAUUUUUUAUUGCAUUCGGGCAGAGUGGACUGUUCACAACGGGAGUGUUGAGCUUUCAUGGGAAAAGUACUGGGCUUAGUGUUUUAACGAUAGGUAUGGUUUUGGGUGCAGUGGGGGCAGCGCCAGUGGAUCUCAUUAGUGACUCGGGUAUCAGGGCUGAAAGAUCGGCCAAUUUGUCACAUAUUACGGGAGCAUCGAGGAAAAUUCAGAUGUUUAUUAAAAACAGGCAUCUACAGAUUCUUCCGGAUGGCACUGUCAAUGGGUCUAAUGACGACACUUCCGACUACACUAUUUUUCAGAGGACGUCGGUGUCGAGAGGUCAGCUGAGGAUCCAGGGUGUUGCCACCUGUCUCUACCUUUGCAUGGACUCAUGUGGCCUUCUUUACGGCUCGCACGAGUACACAGAGGAUUGUCUCUUCAACGAGACCCUGGAACAACACAACUACAACACCUACAGUUCCGUGCGAUGGUCCACCAACCGAAAAACCCUCUACCUCGGCCUGAAUCGUCAUGGAGAACCCAGAAGAGUCCAAGCCAAGGGUCACAACUUAGGCAGACUUUCAGCCUACGCCAGAGUCUUAACCCAAGUAGCUCCACCAGAUCGAGUAGAGGCUCUCCAAAGGCGGAUGUUGGGUGCCCACCAUGGUGUCCGCCAUCGACACAAUGCCCACCAUCACCGGAACCAGCAACAAGCCAUUUGCCCCCGGGUUCUCCAUCCCGAAAAAGACAACCGGGACAAGUUCAGGUGUCGAAAACGCAAAAAGAGAAAGAAGCGGAAGCGGAAAUGCCGAGAAGACGAGGUUGCUGGACCCCAGUGUGAGCAUCAUCUCGAGCCUGGUAGCAGCGAGGGACUUCCCGACUCCAAGAGGUCCUGCGAAGGAGCAGCGAGUGACGAGGUCUGUCGACGACAGGCGCUGGAAGCAGCCUCCAAGAAGCGGAAGUCUCGGAUGGGGAAGGUCGGUUCCGCCGGCAGGAACCAGUCAGCCACGCAGCAGAAGGGAUCCAAGAAGGGUAAGAAACAGCCAAAUACGAAAAAACCGAGUAGCCUCGGUGAGCACGAAGACGAGGAGCUUAGAAAACCUGAUAGCAUGAACGGAAAGAAUAAGGCUCCCGGGUUUAAGAGGACCUCUCUGCAGGCCAAGAAGAGACUUCCGGGCAGGACAUCGCCAGCGGUGCCAAAGGAGCCUCCAUCGACGUCGCCAUCAUCCUGGUCUCCUGGUGCCUCAACCACAGGGUCUACCAGUCCAGCCUCUGCUGAUCCAACCUUGUCCUCAUCAAGGGUCCCUGGUUCAUCUAAGGUCAUCCCUGGUUCAUCAAAGGACAUCUCUACCUCAUCAAGCAUCUCCAGGGAAGUCUCCACAAGUCUAGCUGAUCUUUCAUCUCCUCUUGACUCGUCGGAAGAUUCUAGGUUGGAUCUGUCCUAUUCUGAUGAGGAACUUCAGGGUUCCUCUUCAGAAUAUGUUGGGGUGACUAAUAGUGAUGCUUCCGCCGAGGUGAGUGAAGAUGAGGGGUUUUCUAGCACACCAAGAGCCUUGGAGCUGAUCAAUGGUGAGGUAAGCGAUUCUAUGAGACUGGCCAUGUGA